AUGGCCGCCAGCCUCGAGACGUCCCUGCUGAUGGCGCAGCGAGCGUUGGUGGUGCGGCGCGAGGCGCUCUUCACACUGCUGGACGAGGUCACCGCGCUGCGCUCAGAGAACGAGCUGUUAGCUUCUGUCAUAUGCGAUCCCGGCCUAGGCGCCCUGCGGCAAAGAAUGCAGCACCUUGAG